AUGUCCACCUCAAGAACAGCCAGACAAUCAAGGCCAAACCUGACUUCACUCUUGUAUUCGCUCCCCGUCCGUCGCCUCAAAAACAUUCUGGUUCAUGUUGCACCCAACAUAACACUGGGCGCCGUUAAUGAACUCCACUCCACUCAACUUACACGUCUUUACAAGCUGAAUAUGUCCGACGAACGGAACCUGCUUCUCUCCUUCGCGCCGAGCCUUGCAGUUCGCUUACUGCGGCAAGAAGGGCAGCUAUUGUCGUCAGAAGCGGCCUUGAUAAAUUUCAUAUCACGCUCUGAAACGAGAGAAAGUGGUGCUGGUUCAAAAUGUGAAAACAAGGAAGGAAUGUCGUUGGAGCUACUCGUGCCAAGAUUGUUAAAGCAUUCGAGCAACAACCGAGAGAUGGCGUAUCCAUACUCUAUCUUCGAAGAGCCAGCUGGCCAGCCGCUUUCCACACUGGCAGCACAUCUCAGUGGACCCGAGCGACGAGAUAUUGACAGACAAAUCGGUGCGAUGACCAAAGCCCUUGCAGCACUCACAUCACCGAACGGAACAUUCGGUGCUGCAAGCAGGGUGUUCACAGAGCCCAAUGCUAACACAACAGCUGGACCUCAAGCUCCAGCAGUAGCUCCUAAAGUCGGGUUCAAGACCUGGUCAGAGGCCUUCAACGCAUUGCUGGAAGGUAUACUGAGAGAUGGCGAAGACAUCUCGGUUCUGUUACCAUACGAUGUUAUUCGUGCUCGCUGCGAACGUCUCUCCUGGCAUCUUGAUGCCAUAACUCUGCCUCGUCUCACUAUUCUUGACAUUGGAAGCGAAGCGAACGUUAUGGUUUCCUAUGAUAAAUCAAAAGCCUCUUCGUCCGGAUCCGCGGACGCCAAGAUUACUGGCUUACGUUCCUGGGCACAAGGCGUCUUCGGAGACCCUUUAAUUGCUGAUGUUUUUACCGAUCCCUCAGAAGGCUUUCUUGAGGGUUGGAGAGGAGAGGGUAGAACGAUGACUGAAGGAGAGGAAAAUGCGGACGUCCGGAUGAUGUUGUACAGGUGUUAUAAGGCUGUGGUAGCAAUCGUUACUGAGCAUUAUCGGCCGCAGCCUGAUAGCAGUCAAAAGGAACUCAAGGGGAGAAGGAAAUUGACGAGUGUCCUUGCUGAGCUGGAAAAGACCGAUGCUAUGAACGAUGGUGGUGGGAAGAGGUCCAGAAGUCCCUCUGGCUUCGGCGAAGAGGCCUCAAAACGUCCAAAGCUAGAAUCAGACACGGCCUGA